AUGAAUUCCUCUGUCUUCCCAAGAUCGUUUCCACUUUGAUUGUUUUAUACAGCGACUCGUGCCCUCUAGUCGUCAUCGUCUGGUGACAGACUUCAGGUCCAGCAUGGUUCUCAUUCAAGACCUGCUGUUUCUGAUCAUCGCGAUUUUCUCUUUUGCUUUCGCGAUCACCAUCCAAUGGUUUUUUGAGACGUAAUUGCGCUGUUUUAUGCUUGUAGAUUGAUACGCUACUACAGCACGUUUGUAUUGGUAUUUUCAGAAAAUUAUAAACAAGCUUAGGUAGUCAGUUAUCCCGACAACCAAUACAACAGUUUCAACGAACAAGAAUGGCUCCUCCCCAGCAGCAAUUGUUUGCUCGUGGCGGCGGCGGUGGGUCGUCUUCUUCCUCUAUAACGGCAAAAUUGGUAUUCGUAUUCGAAAAUAGCAAAAAAAUUUUCCCCCGCUCAGUUCACUAGUGCAGACGCCUCCGCCUGCGGUGCCUGUUCUGCCGCCUCCAGCUUAACGCCCUCGAGCGACGCGCCGUGCCUGUCAGUGUUCGAGGAAGCCGCCGGGGGGUGGCGAUCGAUAGUGCAAGCGCUAGCCCGAGCUCGUGGCGGCGCUGGAUAGCCGAAAAUGGUGCGCGCCUGGCUUAAGGCUUUUUGUCGGGCGGCAGGUGCCUGGCGGCCUGUCCGUGUCAACUGCUCUCGGCGUAGCUGGACCGCCGGCACAUGGGUCGCGCACCUCUCGAAAAUUUAGUGCCGACGAACCCAGCGCACCCUAUGUGGCACUACCUGGCUCCCAGAUUCCCGGGCCGCCCUACCUGCACCACCCCCAUCAGCUGCGCCGCGGAGAAGAGCUGGCGCACACAGGCGCUGAGGCCUUCGCCUACGAAAGUGCCUCGUUGCAUUUUUGGCCCGGAAGCAAUAUCUGUGGCCGCGGCCAAGCGUUCACAGGAAACGGAGGCCUCGGACAGAUUUUCUUUCGCGCAACUUUGGUAUUCAGCUGCCCAAGAUUGCCCCCAAGAGAGGGGGGUCAAAUGUCGCUGAAUACCAAAGUCGGAAUUUCCAGUGAAUACCAAUUUCCCAUCGUGUUUGACUUUGGUAUUCAAAAAAAGCCGGCGUUUUUUGCUCGGCAUCCGGAAGGGCAAAAAUCCUUUCCCCGAGUCAUCAAAUUUGCCGGUCCGCGAGACCGGCUGCUGCAAAUGCUCCGCUUCCUCUGAACGCUUGGCCGCGGCCACAGAUGUUGCUUCCUGGCCAAGAAUGCAAAGAGGCACUUUCGUAGGCGGAGGCCGCAGCGCAUUUCUGCGCCACUUCGCCUCCGAGGCGCAGCUGAGUGAUGGGCGUGGUGCCCGUAGGGCGCCCCGAGAAUCUAGGGGCCAGGUAAUGGCCCAUGUGGUGCGCUGGAUUCGUCGGCACGAAAUUUUCCGGAGGUGCAGGACCCAUCUGCCGGCGGUGUAGCCACGCCGAGAGCAGCUGACACGGACAAGCCGCGAGGCAGCUGCAGCCCGUCAAAAAGCCCCAAGCCAGGCGCGAGCCGUUUUCGGCUAUCCAGCGCCGCCACAAGAUCGGGCCAGUCAUUGCGCUAUCGUUCAGCACCCCUAUGCGGCUUCCUCAAACACCGAGAGGCGGGGCGCGGCCGUCGAGGGCUUUCAACCGGAGGCGGAAGAACAGGCACCGCAUGCGGAGGCGUCUGCACUAGUGAUCUGGGCGGGGGGAAAAAUUUUUGCGAUUUUUGAAUACGAAUACCAAUUUUGCCGUUAUAUCCUCGCGGGAGAGCAAGAGCGUGAAGCAGUUCCACUGCGGUUAUCUUCCCCACCGGAUCAGCACGGGGCCGCUUUUGAACGACGGUCACACACGACUGUUCGCCGUUUCCAGCUUCUCGGACGCCACUUCGCAGAAGAACCAGAUCCAGGUUCUGGGCUUUGACGAUCAGGGCACUUUUCACGAAGUGCUCGGUUUUGGGUGUUGCUUCCCAGCGAAUAGUCUCGCGUGGUGGUCGAACGCCGCUGGAGAUGCAAGCAGUAAUUCGAUCCUGCUAUCCGCCUCAGAUUGUGUGCGCCUGUACAGCGUCGGACCCGAAGCACUGGAAAACGAGGGAGCAACGGCUGUGCGCGAACUGAAGCACAGUCACGGCCAGAUCAGCCAGUUUUGCGCACCGGUCACGGGCGUUGCAACCUCCUCUGCGCCGACGUACGGACCAAAUCCCAAUGCGAGCAUGGUACAAAAACAGACAGCCUGCUUUUGUGACUCUGAGCCAUUAUAUAUUGGCAUCCGAGUCCUAUCACGACAGAUGACGAGUUACUGGUGUAGUUGUGGAAGAUGUUUGAGUGAUCGUCAUUCUCUGAAACCUGGCAGAUUUUUGCAUUGUGUGCUGGAAAUUCUCGAUUAUAUCGAAACACCUCAGACUGCUACUGCGGCUUCGUGUGACAUCCACGGUUAUGUGUAUGUUUGGGACUUGGAAUACGGGAAGCAGAUGUCAAAGCCAAUCGAGACCGGAAUGCCACUAUACGAUAUCGCGUUCGACCCCACAACAAGGUAAGUGCCUGCAAAGAAAACUGAUCGCAGCUGACUGCUGAGUAAUCUUCUAAAGCGCUUUUGUGUAAGUAGAGCCGCAGUGAGAAGUACUUUGCUGUGUGCUUGACGAACGAAAUCCUCGUGUCAACAAAGCAAAAUGCGCUAUCAAUCAACCUCAGGAGUCACAUCGCGGUAGCCGGUCCAGGACAGAUCGGGUUGUAUGACAUCCGGGAGCCAUCCAAGGGGCUUUGCCUGAUUGACCCACCCCCCGAUAUAUCAAGUGUAAAAAUGUCUGGGUCUGGAAGAAUCAUGCUGCUACUGCAUGACACAGAAGGUCUGGCAUGGAAGCUCUAGCAUCACAGAUUUCGAGAAGCUUCCGCAAUGCCGAAUCCGCAUGACAAGUCCCCCACUUUGGUGACAGAAAGUGGGCAGCUUCUGCUGCCUAUGCAUCAGAGAUUUUUGUGUGUUCUGAAAUGCGCAUCACAAAGUACAUCCUUCCAGACCCAGACAUUUUUACGCUUGAUACGAUAGCCACGCAGCCGGACCGGGCCGUCUGGCCUGGGGUCGCGAUCUCCUAGCGGCCACGUGGUACGGAGCGGGAACGCAGUUUGGGAUGUGCGUGUACAAUCUUGGUCUUGUUGCUUUCACUUUCUUCUGCGUUCUUCUGGCUCCCCUUGCCAUAAUAGAAUUUUCCGUCCGACAAUUGUGCCACAGUCAGCUUCUCAGUUCUUGUACUCCGUGCCAUAUUUUUUUUGUUCUAUUGCCUGACAUCAACGAACAACUGACAGGUACGACCCGCGCGCCUGUGUGAAUAGCGUGAACUUCCGAAGUCCGUGCGUAUCAAGUGCGGAUGGAGACGCGCCCGUGGAGAGCGUUUGGAUGACCAGUUUGCCGCUGGAGGAACUGGAGAAGGCUCCUUCUCCGACCCACCGGGACGUGCGCCAAGCGCGGCAAAGGACCCUCGUAUCGGGACAGGAAAACAAAAUGAUGAACACGGUGCGGAUGCGGCCGGCGGACUGCAAAAUGGAGAAAGGCACCGGUAUGAAGUAUGACAUGCCCGCCCCCAUCACUGCCGUGGCUGUGCUCUCCCUCCCGCGCACCGGCACCAGCGCGAUCAUCGGCUCUGCCGACGAAUUCAUCCGCAUUGCGCCUAUAAUGGACGAUAAUUGAACAAGGCUGUCGUGUAUGAUUUCGGAUAAAAGGAAGAGACCACCAGAUCAGAUUUUUUUCCCAACUCGGACACGGAAAUAUGGAGCAAAUGAGAAGUGG